AUGAACGCCCGGGGGGGAUUGAAGUUGGUGCUGCAGUUGACUUCAAACCACUCACCGAUGGCACAGCGGCUUCCUAUGCCGAUGCCGAAUGGGUAUGGAACCGUCAGAUCUCCGCAUCGGCGUUGGCAGUUUGGCAUGGUCACGUUGGCUCCUUCGGUAAUGGUGGAUAUGGUGGUGUUUGAGGCGGAUGAAGAAUUUGUGUUGGCCGUAGCUGAUAUAAGCCCAAACAAACAAAUACAGCCUGGCUUGGUGAUGGUGGCGCCUUUGGUGAUGGUGGAUAAUAUGUUGGUGUUUGCAGCGGCGGCGCCAGCUGUUGAAGAAUUUGUGAUGGCUGCGGCAGACAUAAGCCCAAAGAAGAAAAUCCAGGCAACCCAUCGGAGAAAAUACUUCUGCUUGGUUAUCAAUGACAGCAUUGUAAUUGUACUGGCCAUUAAUUUUAUACACAAUUUCACUCGCUAG